AGCGCAUCAACUAACUCAACCACCUUCACUCGUAGACGAGCACAACUCACAGGCAUUGCCUUUCCGCGAUCUUCCCCGUGCCCCGUGCCCUGGCUGCAUAUCAGCCUUCGCUCGAGAUCCUUUGGUCCUCUCCGAAACGUACCCGGGAAAGGGCGUGCGCAGAUCACGGCCCGAAGGGUUUCCCGGCCCCCCCUUUACUCGACCGGAAGCGCCACAGGGAGAUGUCGACGGCAGGGACAGCAAGCCCACCGAGCAGCAGCCACACUAUCACCCCUUCCUCACCAGACUCGCCCCUCUCUGGUACCGCUGCCCCAGACAUGAGCAGCACCUCUACUGUGACUGCUCCUGAAGGCGCAGGAUCGACCACUGCUGUGGACUCAGGCAGCAGCGUGCCAUCAGGGCUAGCACAGCGACGGGGUGGCAGCGGCGCAAGUGCUGUGCAAGCGCCGGUGGGCGAAGCAUUAGUGGGAGCGUCGAGUGUUUCCAACGAAGGCGCAGUAGCAGCAGGCAGAGCGGCAGAUAGGGUGAAGCAUCAUGUGCGGCUUGCACCGGUCAAUACCUCCGCUGCGGCGAUCAAACCAGGAGAGGGCCGGCCAAGGAGCUCCUCGCUGGUGCAAGUGACCAAGGUAGAGGAGACUACAGAGCAGCUGCUCGAUCAGAGUGCCGGGUUCAAUGCCAAUGCAGACUGGGUCAACUACAAGGGCGCCUGGGUCAUCCAUGUUGUGCUAAUCCUCCUGGCCAAGAUUCUGCUGGAUGUCAUUCCUGGGAUGCACCAAGAUAUGAGCUGGACGCUCGUCAAUGUCGGCUACAUGGGGAUCUCGUACAUCAUGUUUCACUACGUGACAGGCACCCCAUUCGACUCAAAUUCCGGCGCAUACGACGAUCUGACGCUCUGGGAGCAGAUCGAUGACGGAGCACAGUACACACCCGCAAAAAAGUGGCUCACGAGCGUUCCAAUUGGACUCUUUUUGAUUUCAACGCACUACACGCGGUACAAUCCAUGGCUCUUCAGCUUGAACUUCUUCGUCACCCUCUUCGUCCUCUUCCCCAAGCUACCCAUCCUCCAUCGGUUGCGAUUCAAGAUCAUGCCGCGCUCGCCGUACCCUUCUUUGCCGCCGACGCCGACGCACAGCAGGCCUAGCACCCCUGCUUUCGCUCGGAGGUGAUCGAGAGCCACCGCGCUGAGGCAGGCAGCUUUGUCUUUUGCGACUCGCGGGCAAUGCAAAUUAUUGGUAAAGCGCGUCUCAUGGCACAAUGCCACAGAAUAGAAUGAGGGUUGGGCAGGUAUAGACUGCACACGAUCGAUCGCAAUGUUGAUUACACAUGGUUUGCCUCUCUGCCGCUUCAUCAACAGCUGUCCUACAUGCGUGCCGAGAACCAAAGCAGCCCAGCGAUUCUGCGUAACUGGUCCACUGCGAAGCUGAAAGAUAUUUGCGUUGUAUCUAAGAUGAAUGGCUUGAA